GCCUGCAUCCGAAGGAACCCAAGAACUCUCCCUAGCGGAGAGCCGGCGCCAGUUCCGUCUCUUCUCCAGCGAGAUACAUACACACACGCACGCACGCGCGCUCACACACACACACACCAAGCGCCAGCAAAACAGCACACGCUCCUUUUCCCUCAUGCAUUUCCAAAAGUAGGAGGCAACCGCGCUUGCCCGAACCCUCUGCCUGCAAGCCAGGACGACUACAGAGAAUGCUUCAAAGUGAACAGGUCUGGAAUCCGGGUUUGGAACGGCUGCUGCUGAAAGGACUCCCGCCACCCCCUUCUUCGGCUUCCGCCCCAUAACAGCCUCUUCUUCUCUCCCCGCCCUCCCUCCCCGCUUUAUCGGAUCGGAUCGGAUCGGAGAUCUCACUGAAGGCAGCUGCAGUAAAUGAGGACAUUUGCAGGACUGCGUGGCCGCUACUGCUCUAACAACUGCCCUCCAGUCACGGCUGAAUUAAUAUUUCACUGCGAAAUCUAACGACGAGAAGGAAGGAAGAGGAGGCAGUCCGUGGUGGUCGUGGGUGACCAAGUCUCCGGGAAGCAAUUCCCUCCCCCCCCCCCCCCCCAAAAAAUCCCCUUUGGUGUUAUCUUGCAGCAGAUGCUCUUACAAGAGUGGAUUGUUGCUCUGCAAGCUUGCAGAAGUGAGCUGGGAGAGAUGCAUCAUCGCAAAGGAACUGCACAGACCUUUACUUAUUUGUAAGGAAGCGUAGUAAGGCAAGUGGCAAGAUGGCUAAAGGGACUGAUAAUGAGAUGUGGAAUCUUUCAUCUCCAGCCUCACAAUCUCUCAGUGAUGAAGGAACCAUGAUGAGUAAGGACCCCAGCAAAUGCUUGCUUACAGCCUCUGAAAGUGAAGUUGAUCCAGCGACAUCGCUUGCCUUAGAGAUGAAAUAUGCACUGGAUUCCAAUCGGCAGAUCAAGAAAAGGAACAAAGCCCUACAGGUGAGAUUCAAAGACAUCUGUGAGGCCCAGAACGAACAGCGGGACAAGCAGCUUUCUACAUUACAGCAGACAGACAAAAAGGAAGCAAAGCCCAUCACUUACAGAGCAGCUUACCGGAAAUAUAUGACAGUGCCUGCCCGGAGAUCAAUCCCUAAUGUUACUAAGAGUACAGGAGUUCAGACUUCACCUGAACUUAAAAAGUGUUACCAGACAUUCCCUUUGGACCGGAAAAAGGGGAAUAUCAUCAAAAGCAUAGCUUCUGUUGACACUUUUCCCAGUCAAAACAAUGGAUUCCUAAUAGAUGUUAAAGAUAAAGACAGCAGAAUCUCAGGGGAGGCUGCUCAGUGUAGCAAGAAAGUCACUGGAUUUGUGACAGCGGAGUUUAUUUCCCAUACUAAUGAACGGAUGAAUGCAAUAGAGCAGCCUUCUAGUGACAAUUGUUCAGAGACAUGUAGAAGCACUGAUUUGCACAGCUGUACUAAAGAACCUCCUUCUCUUCAAAACUCAGCAGCUUCUGUUUCAGAAGAGCCUGAUUACCAGCUGCAUGACAAAGCAAAACACCACACAGGGCCGUUGGGGAACGAGGAAGCUCAUCCAGCCACCCAUGGAAAAGUGUUCAAGACCGAAGUAGCUUCUGUCUACUUGCCUGAAUCCAGUUCACACACCUCACAGACUGACCUGCAAAAUUCUGCAGCAGGGAAUGAAUGGUCUCUGUGCCCAGCUAAGGAGGACAAAAAAAGAACAGUGCAUCUUAAUGGCCUGCAAUCACAAGCCGUAAGUGCAGCUCAGGCCUGUUCGACGCAGGCACAGUGCCAGUCGACUGAAUGUAAUGAACAGACCCUUCAGAUACAUGUUUCACCUAUGGAAGGAAAUCAGCCUUGUCAGACAGCAGUCGCUGUGAGUGAAGGAUGUCAACAAAUCGUGCCUCACACAGAAGUGGUAGACUUGAAAGCACAGCUACAGAUGAUGGAGAACUUGAUCAGCUCAAGUCAGGAAACCAUAAAGGUCUUGUUGGGUGUUAUUCAAGAGCUGGAAAAAGGAGAAGCUCACAGAGAAGGAUAUUGUUCCAUGGGGAAAAACCUUAUGUCGAAAUCGGACCUUGACUAUGUAAUGAAAGCUUCUUCUCAUUUGUUGAGACUUGAUCCAUUAAAGCUUUCAUAUCGGACUGGUCAAGACACAUCUAACUGUGACACAUGCAGGAACAGUGCAUGUAUAAUCUAUAGUGUGGAAUUAGAUUUUAAGCAACAAGAAGACAAACUACAGCCAGUUCUGAGAAAACUUCAUCCUAUUGAGGAAACUCAGGUUGCACCUUUGCCUUAUUCCCAGGAGAGUUACUCCUCAACUCCUAAGCAAAAAUCCAAAACUGAAUCAAAAAAGCACGGAAGAUGGAAACUCUGGUUUCUUUAACUAAAUCCAUAGUAUAUGGAAUUUAAGGUCUUCUUUGAAAACAAAAGUUGUGGAUUUUUAAAAAAUGGAUCUUGGUAAUUUGAACAGGAGACAGUCAGCAAGUGUUAAUCUGACUAUGUUAUGGAAGCAUUCUGUUCUCACCAUAUGUACCAAAAAGGCCUUUGUACCUAUGAACUAACUUUCAGGAGCAAGGCAUUCAAAUCACACCUUGCCAACUUUUUAUUCAAAAUUCACCAGUGUGGGAUGUAAAAAAAAUAAAAUCAGGAUAGAAAUUCAUGUUAGCAAAGAUGAAAGUAAAACUACUCUCCCCCAAAUCCCUUAAAUCCACAUUCAUUUUGAUUCACAUUUUAAUGUCAAACUGCCAUCUUGUUCACAUCAGUACAGUUUAUAUUAGCAUAUCAGUAAAGAAUUUCUGCAAAGGAAAAGAGCAAGCCUUUUGUUCCAAAAGGACUCCAUUGUUACAUUGCAUUCCAAAUAUGCUGCGGAUUGGGUAGUGCCAUUUUCAGCACAUAAUAUCCUGAGGAAAGCACAAUAUUUUCAAAUGGUCUGAAACCAUGAACAAUCUUCAAGAUGUGAUUAUGUGUAUACUUGCCUUUAUGUGCUGUAGCAUUAAGCCAAGUGACUGCAUCUCAGUGAAAUGCUGGCACCUUUGAUUUAGUGUCCUCUUCCAUCACUAGUCCUACUGCUCACUCCAGAUGGUGAGCAGUCAAAAGCCACCCAAAGUCAGGACAUGCCUUUAAUCACUGCAAGUUGACAGGGUCAAAGCUAGGGGCACUAAGCUCUCUUAGAUAUCAUUUUUAAUCUGUUGGUACCCAACAGCUAAAAUUGUGUGUUCUGGCAUCAUAUUUAUUGGGGGGGGGGGGGGAGAGAGAAGAAAUAGAUAACAUUAAGUGACAGAUCAUUGGCAGCUGCCACAAUUUAAUACUGUUUUGUAGUUCAAUCUUGAAAAAACACUCUACACUAAUGACACACUGUGCCAGAAGUUUUAUAACGUGUCGUGCUUUUUAAAAGUUCACAAAUGCCAGGCAGUUUUAUUUAGUGCAUCAGAGAAAGAUAUCCAAUCCAACCAUUCCAGUGCACAUAUUUAGUUCAGUAUUAGCAGACCAGUACUUUGAAUGGAAAUACUGUGAAAUCGUGCUAUUUUAAGAGCAAGAUGCAAAGAUUGCCCUCAGAAACAACUAUGGUAACAAGCAAGGUAAAGUAAAACACUU